CUCUCUCUCUCUCUCUCUCUCUCUCUCUCAUGGAGUUUAAAACAAACUUCAAAGAAAAUCCCCAUUUUCAUCAAAGUUUUUCCCUAGGAAAACCCUCAAAACCACAAAUGGAAAAUGGGUUUUUAAUUGGGUCUUCUCCCUCAAAAGGGUUGUAUCAAAAUUUAACCAAUUUUGAUCGAGUCUCGAAUAUCGAAAACGCUUUCUCUAAUUUUUCUUUUGGGAUUUUAACUCCAUUUUAUGAUCCUUUUGAUCCAUUCCAAGCUUCAUCAUCACCAAGUGAUCAAAGCGCAAAUUUUUUCCCUAUGAGUGAACCCAAAAAUCCUUUGGGAUCAAAUGGUGAUCAGAAGAUAGGGCUUUCGAGUUAUUCCCCUAGAAUUUUGCUGCAAGCUUUGCAUUAUACGGGACAAAAUUUUCAACCGUUUCAACAAAUGCAUCCGAAUCUGUCCGAUGAAGCUUCGUGCUUAACAGUGGAAGAUAAGUAUAGGGCAAAAGUCGAUUUGAAGAAGAAGAAAAAAGAUCUGCAACCAAAAGAGAGUAAAAAAGUUUACCAAACUUACCCAAUUUUGGUUAAAGGGCAAUGGACUCCCGAGGAGGAUAGGUUAUUGGUGCAGCUGGUGAAGCUAUAUGGAGAAAGGAAAUGGUCUCACAUUGCUGAGAUGCUGAAUGGGAGAGUGGGAAAACAAUGCAGGGAGAGAUGGCAUAACCAUUUAAGGCCAGACAUAAAGAAAGACAUAUGGACAGAAGAAGAGGAGAUGAUGCUAAUUGAGGCCCACAGGAAAAUAGGGAACAAAUGGGCAGCAAUUGCAAGGAAGAUGCCAGGCAGGACUGAGAACACCGUGAAGAACCACUGGAAUGCAACCAAGAGAAGGCGAUUAAACACAGCGAAGCGUAGUAGAUGCAAGCACACUUCCAUAUUGCACGAGUACAUCAUGAGCCUGACCGCACCCGAUCGGAGCAGCGAAUCGGAACCGAAAAAUCAGAUGGAUCAAGCCACGAAUUUCGAUUCUGAUCAUCACAAUCAUAAGGCUGUGGAUUUUGGGUCCAAGGUGUUCGAUGAAGUACUGCCGGCCGAAUUGGGUAGAGAGGUGGGGUUUGGUGUGAUCAACAAGGAGAUGGAUUUGUUGGAGAUGGUCUAUCAAGGAAUCUUUUGAUACCGAUGUACUCGUGUUCCGGUGUGUUUUCAACCACGGUAUCGAUCGCGUCUUGAAAUUAGUUGGUGAUUUUCGCACGAUUUCUUGGCUGGAAACGCACCAGGACACGAGUACUUAACAAAUUUUCAAAAACUUGUCGUUUUGCGCACGGGAGAGAGGGUGUUGUUCGUGACGAGUGUAGACAACUUUGGUAUGGGAAUUUUGGAUGGAUCAAUAGUUGUUGUUUGGAGAGUUUGUUGUUAUGUGUUGUGGGUUUUGAGUUUUGAUCAUAAUGAAGAUUUGGCUUGAUUUAAACAGAACA